AUGUUCUUCUCCACCUACGUGCUCACAAAGAAAGGCCCGCUCGCCAAGGUUUGGCUCGCCGCGCACUGGGACAAGCGACUCACCCGCCAUGAAGUGAAGGUGGUUGACCUCAGUCAGACUAUCCUGCACAUUGUCCGCCCUGUCGUCCCGAUCGCCCUGCGCACGUCGGGUGAGCUGCUCGUCGGUGUCGUGCGCAUCUACGCGCUGAAAGUGAAACACCUGCUGAAGGAGGCGACAGAGGCGACGCUCUUCUUGCGUGUGACGACUCUCGCGACGAAGGGUAGCAAGGCUGGUCUUGCCGGCCAGCACCGCACCACCUCGAUCGAUGGCGCCGUGGUGCCAGUGAAGGGCAGCGAUGUCGAGGCUGUGACGUUUGACUGGAACGCUGACAUCGCUGCGAAGCACGGGGCGGUGGCAGACGUUGCCGAGGCUCUCGGCGAGGGUCGCUUUAGUGCUAUCGCCGAUCUGCUUGGCAGCGGUCGCCGCAUAGAUGUCGCCGAUACGGACAAGGAGGAGGCCCUCUUGGCGUCGGCGUGGUACACCGUGCAUCCACUGUCGCAGGCGGCAGGUGACGAGCUUCACACCACACAGCAGGACUACGACGAGAUUGCUAAAAUGCGGGCGGACUUGAUGGCCUUUGGCGAGCGCGCCAGCGGCAGUGCCAGCACCAGUAAGAGCAAAUCAAGUUUGUCAAGCAUGGAGAAGGGUCGUGGCAGCGUCGCCGCCGGCGUGAACGACAUUUCGUUCCCCGCUGUCGGCGAUGAGCUCGAUAUUGGAGUUCCGCUCCCUGACGAGCUGCCGGCGGGCUUCCCUGCUCUGGACGGGCAGGCGCCGUCGGGCAUGAUGCCAACCGAUCCGUUCCUGCUGCCGGACAUGAUUACUAUGAACGAGGAGGCGGCAGCGGCACAGCAGGCAGGUCCAGGUCGAAAGGUGCGGCCAGUGAACGUGUGCGACCUCGCCUCCACGACACUCUCACGCGAAGCCUUUGAGAAAUGCAUGGCGGACCGCAGCGACAUUCUCAACAGCGGGCCGCGCCGUGGCCCCCACGACGCGCAGGAGGAGGCCGACCGCUACACCGUGACGAGGUCCUCUAACCUGGCGAAUACGGUUGCUACCAACCUCCUGAUAGACGCGGCGCCGCUCUCGGGCGUGCUGAACCCGGCGCUUCGUCUCGCUUAUGCGGCAGCGCUGCAACCGAGCGUCGAGGAAGCAGCCACGAUGACGGCGCGGGCGUUGCGGACCUCGACAGCACAGCGAAGUGAAGUCCCUGCCGGCGGCGGGGGCGCACUCGAGGCGGAGGAUGCGCAGGUUGCCGCGGCGGAUCUGGAUGGCAGCGCCAUGCUACUGCCGGAGGAGGUGACGCAGCAGCCUCGCAAGCGCGGGCGCUACGACGGUGACGGGGUGGAUGACUCAACGACGGCUGCGGGUGUGUCGACCAGUGCUCAACAGACACUGGAGCGCAUUCGAACGGAGCUCUCGUUGCACGCCGCGCAUGGCCGCAAGAAAUCCCGUGUUGAGUCGACUGCUUCUCUCGUUGGUGCAAGCUGCCUGCUGCGGGAGGUGUGCCAUGGCCUGCGUCGUCGCGAUGCCGCGCGCACCUUCGUGGACGUCCUAGCGCUGGCGUCGAAGCAGUAUGUUAGCGCGCAGCAGGGGCCUGGGUCUGAUGAGGUGCAGGUGACUCUGAACGAGUUGGCCCUGCGUCUGUUGGCUGCGGCGUGA